CUUGGGGGGACGGAAGAAGGGAAGGAAGGGGCGGGGAGAGGGGAGCAAGCAGAGGGAGCCGAGGCUCGCCACAGGGAGGCCGGGCAGCGCCGAGCGGGGCCCCCCGCGGGCCCAUGAGGAGGCCCCGGGACCACCAUGGGCUCCAGGAUUAAGCAAAAUCCAGAGACCACGUUCGAAGUGUAUGUGGAAGUGGCCUAUCCCAGGACAGGGGCCGUACUUUCAGAUCCUGAGGUGCAGAGGCAAUUCCCCGAGGACUACAGUGACCAGGAAGUUCUACAGACUUUGACCAAGUUUUGUUUCCCCUUCUAUGUGGACAGCCUCACGGUGAGCCAAGUCGGCCAGAACUUCACGUUUGUGCUCACUGACAUUGACAGCAAACAGAGAUUCGGGUUCUGCCGCUUAUCUCCGGGGGCCAAGAGCUGCUUCUGUAUCUUAAGCUAUCUCCCCUGGUUCGAAGUCUUCUAUAAGCUGCUUAACAUCCUGGCGGAUUACACAACGAAAGGACAGGAGAGCCAGUGGAAUGAGCUCCUUGAGAGUCUGCACAAACUGCCCAUCCCUGACCCGGGUGAAUCCGUUCAUCUCAGCGUGCAUUCUUAUUUUACCGUGCCUGAUACCAGAGAACUUCCCAGCAUACCGGAGAAUAGAAAUCUGACAGAGUACUUCGUGGCUGUGGAUGUGAACAAUAUGCUCCACCUGUAUGCCAGCAUGUUGUAUGAGCGCCGGAUCCUCAUCGUCUGCAGCAAACUCAGCACUCUGACCGCCUGUAUCCACGGCUCGGCCGCCAUGCUGUACCCCAUGUUCUGGCAGCACGUGUACAUCCCCGUCCUACCACCACACCUGCUGGACUACUGCUGCGCUCCCAUGCCCUACCUCAUCGGAAUCCACCUCAGUCUCAUGGAGAAAGUUCGGACUAUGGCCUUGGACGACGUUGUCAUCCUGAACGUGGACACCAACACACUGGAGACGCCUUUCGAUGACCUGCAGAGCCUCCCAAAUGAUGUGAUCUCAUCGCUGAAGAACCGUUUGAAGAAGGUCUCCACGACUACGGGUGAUGGCGUGGCCCGAGCAUUCCUCAAGGCCCAGGCCGCUUUCUUUGGGAGCUACCGAAACGCCCUGAAAAUUGAGCCGGAGGAGCCCAUCACCUUCUGCGAGGAAGCCUUCGUGUCCCACUACCGCUCGGGGGCCAUGCGGCAGUUUCUGCAGAAUGCCACACAGCUGCAGCUCUUCAAACAGUUUAUUGAUGGCCGAUUAGACCUUCUCAAUUCCGGCGAGGGUUUCAGUGACGUUUUCGAAGAGGAGAUCAACAUGGGCGAGUAUGCUGGCAGCGACAAACUGUACCACCAGUGGCUGUUCACAGUGCGGAAAGGAAGCGGGGCCAUCUUGAACACUGUGAAAACCAAAGCCAACCCAGCUAUGAAGACCGUCUAUAAGUUUGCAAAAGAUCACGCAAAAAUGGGAAUAAAGGAAGUGAAAAACCGCUUGAAGCAAAAGGACAUCACUGAGAAUGGCUGCACACCCUCUUCCGAGGAGCCACUGCCCAAGCCGGUGCCAUCCCCGCUGGCAGAGGCCAAGGACCCCAAGCUCCGAGAGGACCGGAGGCCGAUCACUGUCCACUUCGGCCAGGUACGUCCACCCCGUCCACAAGUCAUGAAGAGGCCCAAAAGCAACAUCUCGGUGGAAGCCCGGAGGACGUCUGUCCCGAGCCCUGAGCACCUGGCAAAGCCCUCUCACCACUAUGCCGUCUUCCUCUCCGAAGACUCCUCGGACGAUGAGCGCCCGCAGGACCAGGGCCCUGGCUCUGGCUUCACCGAGAGCUUUUUCUUCUCCACUCCCUUUGAAUGGCCACAGCCCUACCGGACCCUCAAGGAAUCAGACAGCGCAGGAGAGGCAGAGAGCCCAGAGCAGCGGGCAUGGGAGCCCAGGGGUCCUGGCCCCGCACCCCCUGACCGGGCAGCCAGCAUCGACCUCCUGGAAGAUGUCUUCAGCGGUCUAGACGUGGAGAUCCCGCCCCAGCCACUAUGCCAGGCCAAGAGCUUGGAGGAUCUUCGGGGCCCCAGAGAGCCGAGGGAGCCACCAGGAACAUUCGACUACCAGCGUCUGGAGCUCGGCCGGAGCGAGAGGAGCUGCGGGCUGCCUGCCGCCUUGAGGCUGGCCCACCCCUACAACAAGCUGUGGAGCCUGGGCCAGGACGACAUGGCCAUCCCCAGCAAGCCCACCAACACCUCCCCAGAGAAGCCCUCAGCCCUGUUUGGGAGCUCCCUAGCUCCGCCCUACCACCGGCAGCAGAACCAGGAUGGAGCCCCAAACCCUGGAGACAAGGAGGAGGUGCUUCCCCCAACGCCCAGCAGCAUCACUAUACCUCGGCCCCAGGGCAGGAAGACCCCAGAGUUGGGCAUCGUGCCCCCACCACCGGCUGGCCGCCCUGCAAAGCUCCAGGUUACAGGCACUGCCCUUGGUGACUUCGUAGACCACGAGAGGCCAUUCCCGGGGGUGCUCCCCGCAGCGGCUCCCUCUGGCCCCCCAGAACUGCUCCAGCCACUCAGUGUGGCCCCAGGAGUGGUGGACUCAGGGGCUGACGGCCUGCUAGCCCUCCUGGACCCCCUGAGCACAGCAUGGCCAAGCAGUGGCCUCCCCUCAGCCCCGGUAGCCCCCAGUGUAGCCACCCCGUUCACCCCCCAGUUCGGCUUCCCCACUGCAGGCACCCCCGGCCCGUUCCCCCAGCCCUCCCUCAAUCCCUUUGUGCCAUCCGUGCCCACGGCAUUGCCCGCCAUGUCUCUGGUGUCCACGCCAGCCCCGCCUUUCACGGCACCUCCUCCCCUGGGGCCCGCCUUCACACCCAGCCUCUUGCUGGCUGGCUCUGGUUUCUGCGGCCCACACAGAUCUCAGCCCAACCUCUCCGCCCUCUCCAUGCCCAAUCUCUUCGGUCAGGUGCCCCUAGGUACCCACACCAGCCCUCUGCAGCCCCUGGGUCCCCCCACGGUGCCCCCAUCCAGAAUCCGAACGUUACCUCUGGCCCGCUCCAGCACCAGGGCCGCCGAGGCCAAGCAAGGGCUAGUGGCCCUGCGGCCCGGAGAGCCCCCACUCCUUCCUCCCAGACCCCCACAGAGCCUGGGCACCUCGGCCAGCCACAAGGCCAAGGACCCCUUUGAGGACCUGCUGCAGAAAACCAAGCAAGACAUGAGCCCAGCGCCCAUGCCUGCGUCCUCACCUGCGCCCGGCUCGGUGGAGCAGCUGCGGAGGCAGUGGGAGACGUUCGAGUGAGCCCAGGGUGGGCAAGCGGCUUCUGUGC